AGGGUUCGGCAAUGUCAACGACAUUUCAUCCACCAUGAACUCUAUCAAUACGCAACCCCUGCCCGUGCAAAACACCCAGUUCUCUGCUGUCCCAUCCCUGCCCAAUGGUCUCAACAUCAAUACCGCUCCUAGCCAACCGGUCUCUCAGCCCUCCCCGCAAUCGUCCGCGGCAUCGUCGCCGUCCGCGGCUGCCACCCCGGCCCCAGCCCCCACUGCGGCUGUUUCCGCGUCAGCACCCAAGCGCAAGAACACUCAGAAGACGGCUGCCAUGAGCGUAGAGGAGGCUGCGCGCAUUGCUGCUGAAGAGGACAAGCGUCGCCGUAACACUGCCGCCAGCGCCCGGUUCCGCGUGAAGAAGAAGAUGCGCGAGCAAGCCCUCGAGAAGACCGUCAAGGAGACCACGGACAAGAACACUGCGCUGGAGGCCCGCGUCACCGCUCUCGAGCUGGAGAACCAAUGGCUCAAGAACCUCAUCACUGAGAAGAACGGCCAAACCUCCGAGGAGGCCAAGAAGUCGGAGAACGACAUCGCCGCCAUGUUCAAGAAGUUCCUGGCCUCCCAGCAGCAGAAGGACACUGAACGGAGUAGUUCCGAGUCCAAGAUCGGCGUGGGCACGAUCUAAUGCCCAAGUUCUCGUCUUCUUGUCUUCGUGCUUGUCGAUUUGAGCUUUGUAGAUGAUGUUUAUGCAAACUCAGUGAUUCUCCCAUCUUUUUUUUUUCUUAUUUCUUAUCUCUUAUUUAUCUCUAAUGGUGUACAUGAGGGGAUGGCGUCACGGUGCAAGGGAAGGAUACCUACUAGGGAUCGAAUCGUCGGUAGCACGAGUGAUGUUUAUGUCUUGAAGUACAAAUCAAACCCAGCGGACUGUUACUCGCUCGCGCGCAGUCCCGGUCAUCAAAAAGUAUCAUGAUAAUGAAUGACCAUAUAUCCCACUUCCAA